AUGCCACUUCGUAAACCCCAUACUAAAUCACGUAAUGGUUGCUUGCCUUGCAAGAAAAGACAUAUCAAGUGCGGGGAAGAAACACCUACAUGCCAGAAUUGCAUCUUUCGACGAGUAGAUUGCGCGUAUGGAUCAAAUGCUAAACCCAGUCGACAUGAUCUCUCCAGAGCUUCAAGUUCGGAAGCUACCGGAUCCCCAACCCGCUUCCCGCUUGAAGAGCCACCAUGGCCAGCAGGGAAGCUUCGCGCACAUGAUACAGCAUUACAAUCAACGAUUGGUGUUUCGAGACGACAAGAGCUGCAGCUGAUGGUCUACUACAUAAACAGAACGAGUCGAACCCUAGCACAUGACGCCGCAGAACUUGUCGCCUGGACGGAAGCCAUCCCAGAAGAGGCUGUGCAGUACGAUUUCCUAAUGGAUGGGCUCUUGGCAAUGGCGUCGCUUCAUUUCGCAUUCUACAAUCCGGACUCGCGUAGGCAAUACACCGAAUUCGCGAUACGAUAUCAGAACGAGGGAUUGCAAAAGUACAACGACACUCUGGGAGAUAUCAACGACACAAACUGUACUGCUCUCUUUGCUUUCUCCAUUCUUAUAAAUGUCAUGGCCAUCGCUUUGCCAAAUGCAGAUCCGAGUUCUGCAAAUUCAGCGCAUACCGAGAGCCUGAUGACCACGCUUGAACUAGGGCAGGGUAUAGGAAUCAUACACUCCAAAUCCGUUACCCUCCUGACCAAUGGAAAACUGGGAUCAUUCUUCCGACCCUCACCAGGAGACUUGGACCCGGACGAUGAGACAAAAGCCGCGUUGGAAAAGCUUCGUCAACAUACAGAUAGCCUUCUGCAUUCCAAUUCCAUCGACGAAGAGCGCCAUGCUGUCUAUGCCUCAGGAAUCCGGUGUCUUGGAGUCGUUUUCGGAUACAUGACGAGCUCGAAUCAUUUAGGGCGCGUCAUUGGCUGGCCUGCGAUGAUUUGGCCAGAGGAACACAGAGAGGCGCUCAUGAGGUUGAUCCGAAACGGCGAUAUCAUGGCUCUUACCAUUUUCAUGCAUUACGGUGUGCUUUUACUCCAUAUCCGGCAUCUUUGGUGGGGGGCGCGUACGGGAAUUAGCCUCAUCGAGGACCUGGCGAUCUCGGUACAUGCUGCAGGUCCUAGUUGGGGUGCGCUGACCGAGUGGCCAAGGGGAGUCGCUAGGCGAAUUGAAGAUGGUGGGCGAGGCGCUUUCCAGUUUGACGACUCGUUGCCGGGAAGACUCGCGUAA